AUGACCUGGCUAAUAAACACGAUCAAAAUAUGCUUGGCUAUUUGGUUCGUCUAUGUCUUCAUUUUCGCGAUUGGAUUAUUGUCUGAUUCUUUUCAAGUUCUUGGUGGUGCAUUUUUGAAUGAAGUGAUUGAACAUGCGGAAGCAUAUCUAGAAGACCCAUUUUGCGGCCUCUGCAUGGGAAUUCUCUUGACAGUCCUUUGCCAGUCGUCUUCGACCGCCACCUCAAUUUUCAUCACACUUGUUGGAUCAGGAUUGUUUACCGUUAAAGUCGGUAUUUACUGUAUCUAUGGAGCAAACGUUGGAACUUCUAUAACGAGUACUCUUGUCGCUUUCGGAAAUGUAGCCACACCAAGGGAAUUCAAAGCCGGUAUGGCUUGCGCCGCGAUUCCAGCAGUUUACGAUUAUCUUAUUGUGCUUGUUCUAUUCCCGUUAGAAAUUUGGUUCGACCUCAUGGAGAUGUUUGUUACAGCUCUCGCACCUUACCCACCUGAAGAGUGUCAGAAAGACCCUACUUUACCUGAAUGUGAGCACCACGAUACUGGUUUCGAUCCUAUUGCCGUUAUUACAGAGCCGAUUCAACAGUAUAUUUUGGUCAUUAACAAGGCUGGCCUUGGAGAAAAAGACUACCAUGGCAGCUUCGUUCAAUAUUGCAAAGAUAACCUCACUGCUAUUAAUGAAACAGAGCAUGAUCCCUGUUUUUAUCCGGACGACAGCAAUUGUCCUCCAGUGAAUGGAUCAACAUAUAUGACUCCUGGAGAAAGAUACUGCUGUUUUUUCGGCGAUUACCUUAGCGACGAGACCUUUUCCGUCAAGUUCACAGAUUCCUGCAUCGAGAAAGAAAAACACAUGUUUGUUAAUUCGUGCAUGUCUGACGAAGCGAUCGGUGGUAUUUGCUUUGCCAUUGCGUUUGUCCUCAUGUAUGGCGCGCUCGUUGGUGUUGUCAAAUGCCUCAAGUCGGUCCUUGAAGGAUCAAUUCAGCAAGUACUAAAGGACAAUAUUGACAAAAACCUUCCAUACCCAUUCGGCUGGCUUACAGAAUAUCUCUACGUUGUCGCUGGCUUAGUGUUGACCAUUGCCGUCCAAUCUAGUUCAAUCGUUCUCGCCAUUUUAACACCGAUUGUGGCAAUCGGUGUUGUGAGCAUUGACCGAGCUUAUCCGAUCACCAUUGGCGCUAAUAUCGGUACAACGAUUACUGGACUCAUCGCUGCCUUUGCGAACGCAAGUGGCAAUUUCCACGAUGCUCUAGCGGUCUCACUCUCCCAUAUGUUCUUCAAUAUCUUUGGUUUUAUCCUGUUCUUUUUGAUUCCGAUUACUCGUGCUCCAGUGAUAAAAGCGUCGAAUUGGAUAGGAAAAAUGGCCAGUAAAUAUCGAUGGUGGUCGAUUAUGUACACUAUUCUUGCAUUCAUUGCUCUACCUCUUAUUUUAUUCCUUAUCUCGCUCUUCCCCUUGGACAGUGACAAAGGAUGGAUCACUUCUUUCGUGAUUAUGUAUCUUAUUGCCGGUGGCUUCAUUUUCGUCGCAACUAUAACUUGGCUUCAGCAAAAGCAUCCAAAGUUCCUACCAGAAUGGUGGAAAAACUGGAAGUGCUUACCGGUCUAUUGCAGAUCUUUUGAAGCUUACGGAUGUACCCCGAAUGAAAUACAUGAUGAAGAAGAAGAUGAGGAAAAAGAAGACCUAAACUUAGAUGAAAACGAAAAUCUUGCAGUCGAAAAUGAGGCCUAUGAGGAGUACCAAGCCACCGGCGAAAAACCAAGCAAACGAAACACCGAAAAAGAGGAAGAGAAAAAAGAAGAGCACGGCGAUGACUUUGCCACUGACUUUUGA